CAUAAACCAGCAUAAGUAUUUUAUGUACACAAACGAAUGUCCCAUGUUUUCACAUAAUGUCAACUACAAUAAAGGCAAUGGAAUGGAAAACCGAAGAUUAUGUCGUACAGCGGGGUCCAUAAUUAAAAUGACAUGUUCAUACAUUUUCAAUUUGCGUUCACCUAUUUUCAUGAAAUUCCCUUAUAGUAGUCAAAGCUUAGCUGUUGGCAAAAGUUGACGACACUUGGAUAGCUACGAUGUACUUAAAACAAAAGAUUUAUUCUAUACUGUUAUCCGUGAAUAAGAAGUUUGAGGAGCAAUUUGGGUGGCCAAUAAAAGAGACUACACUAUGCAAAGUAACCGACUAUUUGUACUUACCCAAAGACUCCUCCAGCUUGGCCGUAACCAGAAUUUUAUUUGGUCUAGCGAUGCUUUUCGACAUCCCUGACGAGCGAGGGGGCGCAGCCCUAGGCCGACGCUGGGGUGACCCACGCACGUGCCACUUCCCUCUGUUCCCGUUUUUACAAGCAAUGCCUAUGCCUUACAUGGCCAUAGUGUACGCUUGUCUCUGGUUAGGGGCCCUCGGCAUCAUGCUAGGCUACAAGUACCACGUCAGCUCGUCAACCUUCGCCGUCUGCUACUGGUACCUGCUGCUCAUUGAGAAGAGCUACUGGAACAACCACAGCUACCUCUUCGGUCUGGUCGGGUUACUACUGGCCCACACUGAGGCCAACUGUUACUGGUCAAUGGACACAUGGCUCGACCCUUCACUGAAGAAGCGCACCGUCCCCUACUGGAACUACUUCGUGCUGAAGUUCCAGUUCUUCAUCCUGUACUUCAUGGCUGGUCUGAAGAAAGGCACGGCGGAGUGGCUGGCGGGCUACUCUGUACAGAACCUCAGCGAACAUUGGGUGUUUGGACCUUUCAAACUAUUCUUAACGACGGCACAGACAGAUUAUCUCGUGGUGCACUGGUUCAUCUUCCUAUUUGAUCUGACGGUAGCGGUGUGGAUGAUGUGCGCGAAAAGCCGCCAUGUAGCCAUGUUCUUCUGUGCGCUGUUCCAUCUCAUGAACAGUAGGCUCUUCAGAAUCGGUAUGUUUCCUUGGGUGUGCUUAGCUACGAUGCCAUUAUUUUACCCAUUUGACUGGCCGAAAACUUUGAUGAACCGUUGCAAAACCAAUCUAACAAAAUCAGUGCAAGAUCUAUGCAAACUAUUCGGUUUAGGUCCAGUGGAACACGAAUGUCACUGCCAUCUUAAAAACUCUGAAAUUGAAGAUGAUACUAUCGAUAAUAUCGUUCGAGACUUGAAAGGUGGUGAUUCAGAAACUAAAAUAAAAGAAAUAACUGACAAUUUAGAAGAAAUAAAUACAAAAGCCAAGGAUGUGUGUGAAGACAAGGCAAAACACGAAGGAAAAUAUGAAAAUCGUAAAUUAACUACCGUUCUGAUCGGUUUAUAUGUGAUCAGCCAAUUGUUUUUGCCCUAUUCACAUUUUGUCACGAAGGGGUACAACAAUUGGACAGAUGGUCUGUACGGGUAUUCCUGGGACAUGAUGGUUCACACGUGGGACACUCACUCCAUUAUAGUCAAAGUGGUUGACAACGAGAGGAACUCCGAAUUCUUCGUCGACCCAACUUUAUACACCCUAAACGACAGAUGGACACGCCACGGCGACAUGGUCUACCAGUACGCGAAAUGUUUGAAAGAGAACUUGAAAGAAGAGACUCGUAGAAGGAACAAGAGACCAGUCAUUUCCAAUAACAUAUCUAUUUAUAUCGAUGUUUGGUGCUCAAUGAACGGAAGGUUUACCCAGCGAAUGUUUGAUCCUAAAGUCGACCUUUUAAGAGCUCAUUGGCAUCCCUUUUCAAGGGUACCGUUCUUGAUGCCACUGUUAGAUGAAGCUUUGAGUUGGAGGAGCUAUCUGGAUGAAAUGAAAGAUUAUGUCCAUUCGUGGAACAAUUACAGUGAUGUCAUUUUCCUUGCUGAUUUUCCCGGGUAUGAACUAGAAAAAUACAUUCCCGACGAGCUCCAUAACGUAACGCUGACUAUAUUAGAAGGCAAAGUUGUGUUCGAGCCUGAGGUAACUAAAUUCCAGAACGGGCAAUCUUACCAGCUCACUGAAGGAAACCAGGCCAGAGUGAGCUCAGGAUUAUUUCACAAAUUACUCAAUAUUGGCGAUAAACCAGCCUUUUUCGUGUACACGUUUUACAAUAGUACUGAAAGGGAUUUGAAGAUGACUGAAGUGCCAAAGUCGGAGCCGAAAUUGCCUAUUUUGAAAGAGUUAAUGAGGAGAUUGAAUAGUAUAGUGAUUUUUGGUACCUUGGUGGUGGAGAACAUCUUUCGAUCUGUGUUUAAAGUGUCUCAAUGUCAAUAGGGUUCUUCACUAAAAUGCAGUAUGCCAAGCACGGAGGGUAGAAAAGAAUAAGGUAUAGAUUCUGAUCAGAUUGACAGAUUACACAGGACUAGAUUUAUUGAUAUUUAGGUACCUAAUAAGUUUUUGACAAGUGACUGUACCAUCGGGCCCAGUCUGAUGAUGACUGAUGAUGAAGGGAAGUAUACAAGAACUGUUAUGCAAAUGCCUUUUUUGUUACAUGAUAAACAAAAAAACUUCUCAUGUGUAAAUAAAACUAACUAUAUCUAAGUAGUAAUUAUGAAUUCCGGGACAGUAAUGUGAAAUAACUGGACAGAAAACAACACGCAAAAUUGCGGGACAAUCCCGAGUUUUCUCGCCAUCUGGUAACCCUAAUGUGGUAUUAUAUUAUAUAAUACUUGAACCCAAUUAGAAUAUCCUACUUAAAACCUAUAGUGAAAAUAAUUACUUCAUCUAUAACGAAGUCCCAAAGUCAUCAAGUAAUUAGUAGGUAUGUAGUAUGUUCGACCAAAUUACCUAGGUAAUAGGUAUGUCCGUUUUGCUAAUUGUAUGUUCAAUAAAACCUUUUUGUCUUGUGAGUAAUUUUCCAUGAUGUUUAAUAUAUAUCUUUUCUCAUA